UGGUAGAAAGCGACAUUGGUGCGUUAUCAUGUGAGCCGAUGGAAUAAUGUUUUCUUGAAUUUUUUCGUCGUGAGUGGAUUAAAUUUUGUGUGUAAGUGAAUAGUGACAUAGUUAAAUAUGGCGGACUUAAAGUCGCCGCCUUUUAGUGAAAUUACGAGACCUGAGGAAGUAGUCAGGAUGACGACGAACGAUAGCCUGAAAUUUGCGGUCCUUAUCGGCUUGAUUGAAGUCGGCCAGGUGACCAACCGGGAGGUGGUGAACACCGUCUUACAUCUGCUGGUUGGUGGAGAGUUCGACAUGGAGCUGAACUUCGUGAUCCAGGAUGCGCAGAACAUCCAGCACAUGCUAGAACUUCUGGACCACUGCCCGCCCAGCUUGCAGGCGGAGAUCUGGUCGGUGUUCAUCGCAAUCCUGCGCAAAAGCGUGCGCAACCUGCAGGCGUGUACAGACGUCGGCCUCAUACAUCACGUGCUGCAGAGGCUGCCCCGAGCGGAGACAGUUGUCGCUGAUUUGCUUAUAGAAAUGCUGGGAGUCCUCGCGAGCUACAGUGUCACAGUCAAAGAACUCAAGCAGCUGUUCAAUGCUAUGAAAGCUGUUAAUGGCAAAUGGCCGCGGCACUCAGCCAAGCUCCUCAACGUGUUACGUCAGAUGCCCCACAGAAAUGGACCUGACGUUUUCUUUAGCUUCCCCGGACGGAAAGGAUCGGCGAUAGUGCUGCCCCCGCUAGCGCGGUGGCCGUAUGAGAACGGAUUUACCUUCACCACAUGGUUCAGACUGGAUCCCAUCAAUUCAGUGAACAUAGAGCGAGAGAAACCAUAUCUAUACUGUUUUAAGACGAGCAAAGGUGUGGGUUACACGGCACACUUUGUCGGCAACUGCUUAGUGCUGACAUCGAUGAAAGUCCGCGGCAAAGGCUUCCAGCAUUGCGUCAAGUACGAGUUCCAGCCAAGAAGAUGGUACGCGAUAGCUGUCGUGUACAUCUACAACAGAUGGACGAAGAGCGAGAUCAAGUGCCUGGUAAACGGCCAGCUCGCCUCCAGCACUGAAAUGGCCUGGUUCGUCUCCACUAAUGAUCCGUUCGACAAGUGCUACAUCGGUGCGACGGCGGAGCUGGACGAGGAGCGUGUCUUUUGCGGCCAGAUGGCGGCCAUCUACCUGUUCGGAGAGGCGCUCACCACUCACCAGAUCUGCGCCAUGCACCGCCUCGGACCUGGAUAUAAGAGCCAAUUCCGUUUCGACAACGAAUGCAACAUCAGUUUGCCGGAAAACCACAAAAGGGUGAGCGAGACGGCCGCGCCCAAGCUUGAGUACGCUGAACCCCCGCCCGAUCCCGAUAACGAUCCCAAUCCCGAUAUCGAUCCCGAAUCCAAUCCUGACGCUUCUGAAGAUACCAGGGGAGCAGAAGAUAGCGUAGUUGUAAAGGAAGACUCGACGCCUCGAGGCAGGAGGCUGGCGGAUGAAGCGCGCGAAGUGGCCGCCGCGCAUGCGACCCUGCUCGUAGAUAUUGAAGCAUGCAAGCGUGGUCAGUUUCGUUUCAACUCCGAGUCCAGAGUGCCUCUACCGACCGCUGAGGUCCGGGUAGAUAAGUACGGCGAUCUUAUACACGAUCCAACGCAGAAUAUACAUGAUGUGCUAUAUGACGGCAAGCUGUCGUCAGCCAUCGUGUUUAUGUACAACCCUGUGGCGACGGAUGGCCAACUUUGUCUGCAGUCUGCCCCUAAAGGCAACGUCUCAUACUUCGUGCACACGCCGCACGCACUCAUGCUGCAGGAGGUGAAGGCAGUGGUAACACACUCCAUACACAGCGCUCUUAACUCUAUCGGCGGCGUGCAAGUCCUGUUUCCACUGUUCGCACAACUCGAUCUACCCCACGACGCACCUCCUAAUGAGCCUAAAAGAGACCCUAUGCUGUGCUCGAAGUUGCUUGGUUUCGUGUGCUCGCUGGUGGAGUCGUGCAGCACGGUGCAGCAACACAUGUUGCAAUGCCGGGGUUUCCUCGUCGUAUCUCAUAUGCUGCAGCGCUGCGGUCGCGACCACCUCACUGCAGACACGCUGGCGUCCUUCCUGCACCUCACUAAACACCUGGUUACAUGCUGCUCGCCUAACUCUGAUUUACUACUGAAACAGCUGCUAGACCACGUGCUGUUCAACCCCUCGCUGUGGAUCCACACACCAGCGGCGGUGCAGGCCAGGUUGUACUGCUACCUGGCGACCGACUUCCUGGCAGAUGCUCACAUCUACGGCAGCGUGAGGAGAGUCAGCACGGUCCUGCAAACUGUACACACCCUGAAAUACUACUACUGGGUGGUUAAUCCUAGGACCAAGAGUGGGAUCACCCCUAAAGGAUUGGAAGGUCCUCGUCCCGCGCACAAGGACAUCCUGACCAUCCGUGCGUACAUCCUGCUGUUCUUGAAGCAGCUCAUCAUGAUUGGCAAUGGCGUGAAGGAGGACGAGCUGCAGGCCAUCCUCAACUACCUCACUACAAUGCACGAGGACGAGAAUCUUCACGAUGUCCUACAGAUGUUGAUAUCUUUGAUGUCAGACCAUCCCAGCUCAAUGGUGCCCGCUUUCGAUGCUAAGGGUGGAGUAAGAACCAUAUUCAAACUGCUGGCCUCAGAGAGUCAGCUGAUCAGAUUGCAGGCACUCAAACUACUCGGCUUCUUCCUUAGUCGAAGCACACACAAGCGUAAAUAUGACGUGAUGUCGCCUCACAAUCUGUACACGUUGCUGGCGACGCGGCUCGGCGCGGCGGGAACUGGGGGCACCGUGGGCAGCGCGGGGAGUGCCGCCGGGGGCCCUGGGAUCACGGGGGGCACGGCGAGCGCGGGGCUAUCACUGCCCGUGUACAACGCGCUGUACGAACUGCUGACAGAGCACGUGGCGCAGCAGAUCCUAUACACCAGCCACCCGGAGCCACAGCCGCACUUCCGACUGGAGAACCCCAUGAUAUUAAAAGUGGUAGCAACACUGAUCCGACAGUCAAAGCAGACGGAACAGCUGUUGGAAGUAAAGAAGCUGUUCCUCUCGGACAUGACGCUGCUGUGUAGUAACAACCGCGAGAAUCGGCGCACUGUGCUGCAGAUGUCAGUGUGGCAGGAGUGGCUGGUGGCCAUGGCUUACAUCCACCCCAAGAACGCAGAAGAGCAAAAGAUCUCCGACAUGGUGUACUCGCUUUUCCGUAUGCUGCUGCAUCACGCCAUCAAGCACGAGUACGGCGGCUGGCGCGUCUGGGUCGACACGCUUGCCAUUGUGCAUUCCAAGGUUUCAUACGAGGAGUUCAAGCUUCAAUUCGCCCAAAUGUACGAGCACUACGAGCAGCGGCGUGCGGACAACAUCACGGACCCGGCGGAGCGCCAACAGCGGCCGAUAUCUACCAUCUCUGGCUGGGAUAGGCACACGGAGCCCGCUGCGCCGCGCCUGCGCUCCGACGCCGGCGACAGCGCCGCCAGCACUCCCGCCACCAUCAAGAAGCAGAACGUUCUCAACCACGCGGCGCAGACGGAGAUCGGCAAGGGACUCUCACUCAGGGAGGUCGAGGGUUGCAACUGCAACAAACGUGAUUCCCGUGAUAGUGACAGGAGCGAGGAGCCAAGGACUACACAAGUGUAUAGUGACGUGUGUAAAGUGCAUAGUCCUCUUAAGCAGAGCGCGGGCUCCGACGCCGGCGCCGACGACGGUUGUGAUAGUGUUAAUAAUGAAACCGAGCAUGCAGUGGACGAGGGCGAGCAGCUCGGCGAUGAGCAGACCCCUGACAGCGAACUGGUGCAGUCCAUUAUUGACAACAAGUUGCUAGAGAGUUCCGAAUCCGGCAUCGGAAUAAUCGACUCGGACAAGACAGACAAACCUCUCAGCCGGCAAGGCAGCCUGGAUUACAUUCCGGUUAGGGACGUAGGAGACAGCCUCACCAAAGAUGAUAACACGGAUAAGAGUGAAGGUAUACCCUCGAGCUUGUCUGCGAGCGAAGCUACGAGUCCUGAGAAAGUGGUCGAUAUGAAUAUUGUACACGAGAGAGAAUCAGAACUAUCGGAUCGGUCCGAAUUAUAUUUAACCCCCAGCGAGGCUACGAGUCCCAGAAGAAUGCAGGAAAAGUCUGAAACUAGUAUUUCUGAAGAGAUAACCGGCGAUGAUCCUAAACAUAUCGCUAUUAACAUUGUCAACGAUGUACUGUCUAUAGCCCUAGAGACAGUGAAACUGAAGGCGGACGAUGACACGGACUCAGGAGCGAUAUCCGGCGGACUGCACUCUGAGGGGAACACGCCCAACGGACGAGACGACUUCGAACAGGACAUGGAAGAAAUGAUCGAUCAAAAACAAACCGUUGAAACGAUCGCUAGUGAACUUGUUAUGGAUCUAAUUUCAACAGUUGUUUCUACAAGCGAAGCUCAAGAAGAGACGAUGACCAAAGAUAGCGAAAGCCCUAGGAGAGCUUCGACUUCUGAACAUUCUGAGGAAGGAAAUGUCUUACCUCUAGAUGGAGAUUUCAUAGUUAAUCCCGAUAGUGACGGACCGUCGCAAGAUAUGUUAUCAAGUAAAAUAGCCGAAGAAAAUGCGAAAAAUGAUAGCCAUAGAGUAGAAACGGAGGAGUCGGAAGAUAAUAAAACACCAGAAAUUCCGCCAAUUUCGACAAUUAGCGAGAAUAUAUCGCUUGCCAACAAAAAAGAACAUGAGCACGAGGAAGAGAGAAGUCGAGAGAGCGAGCGAGACAAGAGACGAGUUAGCUUACCGGGUGAUAGCGAGAUGAAACAGGACGGCAGAACAGAAAACGUAUCGCAAGGCACGAACACAUCCGCUUCACCAAAACGACCGCGAAGCGCGUCCACGAGUACUCAAGUCGAUUCAAAUCACUUCGAAUCAAGUCGUCCAAAGUGCACACGGCCGAUGUUCUCACCGGGUCCGACGCGACCCCCGUUCCGCAUCCCCGAGUUCCGUUGGUCCUACAUCCACCAGCGACUGCUUUCAGACGUGCUCUUCUCACUGGAGACUGACAUACAGGUGUGGCGUAGUCACUCCACUAAAUCGGUGAUAGACUUCGUAAAUAGCAGCGAGAACGCGAUCUUCGUGGUGAACACGGUGCAUCUCAUCAGCCAGCUCGCAGACAACCUGAUUAUCGCGUGCGGCGGCCUGCUACCGCUGCUGGCCUCCGCAACAUCCCCUAAUAAUGAGCUGGACGUUAUUGAGCCGACUCAGGGUAUGCCUGUGGAGGUUGCUGUGACGUUCCUUCAACGGCUGGUCAGCAUGGCCGACGUGCUGAUCUUCGCCAGUGCUCUCAACUUCGCUGAGCUGGAGGCUGAGAAGAACAUGUCUAGCGGUGGAAUACUACGCCAGUGUCUGAGAUUGGUGUGUACGUGCGCGGUUCGCAACUGCCUCGAGUGCAAGGAGCGGCAGCGCUGCGCCGCCGCGCGUGCGGCACGUGCCCCGGAUUCUCCCGCGCCUAAGAGCGUGGUGGCGAGCCUAGCAGACACGUCGAGCCCAGUGAAGGACCCCGAGCGCUUACUGCAGGACAUGGAUGUUAACAGGCUGCGUGCCGUCAUCUACAGAGACGUGGAGGAGACAAAGCAAGCUCAGUUCCUGUCAUUAGCGAUCGUGUACUUCAUCUCAGUGCUGAUGGUGUCCAAGUACCGCGAUAUCUUGGAGCCGCCGCACGCGUCGCACGCGCCGCCUGACUGCGCGCGCAGACCACAUCACCAUGAACACCACGACCACACUGGCGAUGACGUGGAAUACGCAAUGAUUGUCGUAGACGAGAAUAAUUCAAACAUGAAUGAGUUGGAUUCGCCUUCGAUGAAGGAAGAUAAAGAAGAGGGCGUGGCGUGUAUUGAAACGACAACAGACGAGGCGAAACCGAAUACUAGCGAAAAGACUAAGAGUGAAGAUUCCCCCGCUUCGGAGAAGGAGGAACCGCUUUACAAGUCCAGUCUCCGAGUAGCCAGGCCUAAGCCCAAGAGCGUAGAUUCGAUUGAGGAUGCCGGUUCUUUCCACCUGAACUCGACGGAGACGACAAACAACGAUCCAGAGACAUCUAGUGAGAUCGCAAUGGACGAUAAUAAACAUGCAGUGAGCAAUGACGAGUCUUGGACUGAUGUAAACCUGAACGAGGAGGAGCGAGGGCCCGCCACCAUCACGCGGAGAGACCAUGAAGGGAACAUACAUGAAGAAAUGGAGAAGCAAAUCCAGAUGAGGAAUGCGGAGCAGCAGCAGCUGCAGCAGAGGCACCAGCGGAGGACCCUGCAGGCGUCGCAGAGACACCUGCACCCGGACAACGAGACCCUGGCGGGUCUGAGCGCGCUAGGCGCUGGAGUGGGUGGAGGCGUAGGCGCGGGCGAGUUAAGCGCAGGGCGCGAGGCGUCCCGCGAAGCCUCGUUGACGCACAAGCUGGAGACGGCUCUGGGCCCUGUGUGCCCGCUACUGCGCGAGAUCAUGCUGGACUUUGCGCCCUUCCUGUCCAAGACCCUCGUUGGUAGCCAUGGACAGGAGCUACUUAUGGAAGGUUUGCAGACGUUCAAAUCGAGCACUUCGGUAGUGGAGCUGGUGAUGCUGCUGUGCUCUCAGGAGUGGCAGAACUCGCUGCAGAAGCACGCCGGCCUUGCCUUCAUCGAGCUUAUCAACGAGGGCCGUCUGCUUUCGCACGCCAUGAGGGAUCACAUAGUCAGGGUGGCGAAUGAAGCUGAAUUCAUACUGAACAGGAUGAGGGCUGAUGAUGUCCUGAAACAUGCCGACUUUGAGUGCGUGUGCGCUAGUACUAGUAGUGAGAGGUUGGAGGAGGAGCGCACGUGCGAGCGGCUGAUAGCGGCCGCGCGCCGCCGCGACCACGCCUCCGCCGCACGCUUGCUAGACAAGCUGCGACAUGCUGCACACGCCGCACACGACAGUAUCUCGGUUGCUGAGGAGGGCACAAGCGAAGGCUUCUGGAAGCUUGACUCGUGGGAGGAUGACGCGCGGCGCCGGCGUCGACUGGUGCCCGACCCGCGUGGUCGCCGGCGCGCCGCUCUACCUGCGCCUUCGCAUGCCCCUCCAACGCCCCCCACACCGCCUAGUGACGCCAUACUGCAGGCGACAGAGGAACUGCACGCGCGCAUCGCGCAGGCUGCGGGCGGCGCGCAGCUGCCGGCGCCAGCAGCUGACCUGCUGGACGACGCUGACGCACUGUUGGACGAACGCGACGCUGAACAGGAACUUACCGGUCCUGUGAACAUCAGCACGAAGGCGCGGCUGGUGGCCCCGGGGCUGGUGGCACCUGGCACCGUCUCCCUCACCUCCACUGAAUUAUACUUCGAAGUUGACGAGGAGGAUCCUGAAUUUAAGAAAAUCGACCCUGAGGUGCUGAAAUACUGCGAGCAUCUGCACGGGAAAUGGUACUUCAGCGAGGUGCGCGCCAUCUUCUCCCGACGCUAUCUGCUGCAGAGCGUCGCCAUCGAGAUAUUCCUCGCUAGCAGGACGUCUAUCUUCUUCGCGUUCCCCGAUCAGGCGACUGUCAAGAAAGUGAUCAAAGCCUUGCCCAGAGUGGGCGUGGGCAUCAAAUACGGCAUCCCGCAGACUAGGCGGGCAUCUAUGAUGUCACCUCGACAGCUGAUGCGGAACUCUAACAUGACACAGAAGUGGCAGCGACGAGAGAUCUCAAACUUCGAAUACCUUAUGUUCCUUAAUACGAUCUCAGGACGCACUUACAAUGACCUCAACCAGUACCCCGUGUUCCCCUGGGUGCUGACCAACUAUGAGAGCGAAGAGCUGGACCUCAGCCAGCCCUCCAACUACAGGGACCUCUCCAAGCCGAUCGGCGCGCUGAAUCCCAGCCGUCGCGCGUAUUUCGAGGAGCGGUAUAGCACUUGGGAGCACGAUUCUACGCCACCCUUCCACUACGGCACGCAUUACUCCACCGGCGCAUUCGUCCUCAACUGGCUCGUCCGCAUCGAGCCAAUGACGACAAUGUUCCUGGCGCUGCACGGCGGCAAAUUCGACCACCCCAACAGGCUGUUCUCAUCCAUCGCUUCCUCAUGGAAGAACUGUCAAAGAGAUACCUCGGAUGUUAAGGAACUGAUCCCGGAGCUGUUCUUCCUGCCGGAAAUGCUGGUGAACAGCGCGGGCUGCAAGCUGGGCAUCCAGGAGUCACCUUCGGGGGAUGUGCUGCUGCCGCCGUGGGCCUCCUCCGCCGAGGAGUUUGUGCGCAUCAACCGCAUGGCGCUGGAGUCGGAGUUCGUCAGCUGCCAGCUGCAUCAGUGGAUCGACCUCAUAUUCGGAUACAAACAGAGAGGUCCGGAAGCAGUCCGCGCCACAAACGUGUUCUACUACCUGACGUACGAGGGCGGGGUGCGGCUGGACCAGAUCACGGAGGCGGUGACGCGCACGGCGGUGGAGGACCAGAUCCGCAGCUUCGGGCAGACGCCGGCGCAGCUGCUGAGCGAGCCGCACCCCCCGCGCGCCUCCAGCCUGCACCUCGCGCCGCUCAUGUUCGCCGCGCCGCCGGACGACGUCUGCAUGCGCCUCAAGCUGCCCUCCAACGCCGCCGUCGUGCAUGUCUCCGCCAACACCUACCCGCAGCUCGCCAUGCCCGCCGCUGUCACGGUGAGCGCGGCGCGGGCGUUCGCAGCGCACCGCUGGGCGGGCGGCGGCUGCGCGCACGCGGCCGCGCGCGCCGACCUCGCGCCGCACCACCACCACCACCCGCUGCUCAUGGACCCCGUCUGGGCGGGCGGCGGCGCGGGCGCGCUGGCGCGGCGGCAGCUCGGCGACAACUUCUCGCAGCGCGUGAAGGCGCGCAGCAACUGCUUCGUCACCACAGUCGACUCGCGCUUCCUCAUCGCCGCCGGCUUCUGGGACAACAGCUUCAGGGUCUUCUCCACUGACACCGCCAAGAUAGUUCAGAUAAUCUUCGGUCACUACGGCGUGGUGACGUGCGUGUCGCGCUCCGAGUGCAACAUCACGUCGGACUGCUACAUCGCGUCGGGCUCGGAGGACUGCACGGUGCUGCUGUGGCACUGGUCGGCGCGCCACGGCGGCGUGGUGGGCGAGGGCGACACGCCGGCGCCGCGCGCCACGCUCGCCGGACACACCGCGCCGCUCAACGCCGUGCUCGUCUCCGCCGAGCUCGGCCUCGUCGUCUCCUCCUCCAUCAACGGUCCAGUGUUGAUCCACACGACAUUCGGCGAGGUGCUGCGCGCGCUGCCGGGCGCGGGGGGCGCGGGGGGCGCGGCGCCGCAGCAGCUGGCGCUGGCGCGCGAGGGCGUGCUGGUGGUGGGCUACGCGCGCGGACACCUCGCCGCCUACACACUCAACGGACGCCGCCUGCGCCAUGAGACGCACAAUGACAACUUCCAGUGCCUGGUGCUGUCGCGCUGCGGGGAGUACCUGGUGUGCGCGGGCGACGCGGGCGUGGUGGAGGUGUGGCGCGCCUUCACGCUGGCGCCGCUCUACGCCUUCCCGCCCGCCGGCGCGCCCGUCUGCAGCCUCGCGCUCUCGCACGACCAGAAAUUCCUCUUGGCGGGUCUCGAAAACGGUUCACUAGUUGUGUUCCACAUAGACUUCAACAGAUGGCACCACGAGUACCAGCAGCGCUACUGAUCCUCGUCUUACGCGCACUUUCACUGCUAACUGGCUCAGUGUCUCUCGAACAUUCUAAAAUUGCCGUUUUGUGUCAUGAAAUGUCAAUUGAAUUUGACAGAUGUCAGUUAUUGUCAGUGUUACCGUGGUGUGGAACGCGUUAUAAGUUUAGAAAUAUCAAUACCUAAGUUUAAUUUCGUUUGGAAAUACUUUUGAUGUUUUUAAACUUUUAGCGUCUUUAGAAGCUAGAUCGGCGUUAGGCACCUAAAUUGCUUUGAUAAGCGUUAGAAAUUAUUAGUUUGCUGCUACUCCUUGCUAUAUUGGCUAGUGUUGCAACGUUUGACUUAUGACAUUAUUUUAAUGAUUUUUUAGAAAAAAAUUAACCUACCAAAAAACAUCGCUUUUUUUAUUAACCUCAUAUAACCUUGUAGGCGAUUUAAUUCUUUCUUUACUAUUGUUACUAAUACUUUUUAAACCUAGCAACACUAGCCAAUUUUAGUAGAGUUAAUUGAUAUGGGAGGAAGCAUCGCAUGAUGGUUCAAUUAAUGAAUUUGUAUAAAUUAAUUUCAGAGGCGGACAAGUACUUAUGUUUUAAUUCUAAGCAGUAUUUUAUUUGACAUUCC